AUGGACCCUACCGUUGACCAAACGCUUGCCGGAAAAUACCCCGCCAAACAACAUGCGCGACGAGUGGCAGCGGCCCUCAAGGCGGCUGGACACGAUGGAUCUGGCGUGAUUUAUCUUGAGAGCGCGAAGACUCUUAUGGCUGAGGAUAGUGAUGAGCCUGUGCCAUUCCGCCAACGGCGUAAUUUUUAUUACCUCUCUGGCUGCGAGUUGCCCGAUUCCUAUGUUACAUACAAUAUUGAUGCCGAUGAGCUCGCUCUCUACAUUCCCCCGGUUGAUCCUGAAUCGGUGAUGUGGACGGGUCUACCCCUCACCCCGGACGGGGCGCUCCAGAUCUAUGACGUGGAUGUGGUUCUCCCCAGCACUGAGGUCAAUGCCCGCCUGGCCCAUUUCUGUGCAAACAAAGAGAGUGCGCCGAAGCGGGUCUACGCCAUUCCCGACAGAGUCUGUGCUGAAACCACGUUCCUCCCUUUCGACGACACCAAUUGGGAUAGGCUGAGUAAGGCACUUGAAGAGUGUAGAAAGGUCAAAGAUGACUAUGAACUUGCUAUUCUCAAGCGUGCAAAUGAGAUUUCUGCUGAGGCUCACCUUGCAGUGAUGAGAGCCUCCAAGACAGCCAAGAACGAGCGCGAGCUAGAAGCCGUUUUCCGCAGCAAAUGUCUGUACUAUGGUAGUAGGGAGCAAUCUUACAGCCCCAUAUUGGCUUGUGGUGUCAAUGGCGCUACUCUGCACUAUCAGAAAAAUGACGUGGACGUGGAAGACCCAACGACAGGGGAAAGAGGCACUUUGUUGAUCGAUGCAGGCGGAGAAUACAGAAUGUACGCCUCUGAUAUAACUCGUGUGUACCCGCUAUCUGGAAAGUUUUCUCCUGAGGCCCGCGAGAUCUAUGACAUUGUUCUUGAGAUGCAAAUGGAAUGCUUAGGCAUGAUCAAGGCCGGCGUUGCAUGGGAUGAUAUUCAUGCUCUUGCACACAAAGUUGCUAUCAGAGGUCUUUUGCGGCUGGGCGUUUUACGUGGCUCCGAAGUAGAAAUCUUCGACAAGGGCAUCAGUGUUGCCUUCUUCCCGCAUGGUCUUGGUCACUACAUGGGAUUGGAUACACAUGACGUCGGUGGAAAUCCUAACUUCGAAGACGAGAACCCUAUGUUUAGAUAUCUACGGCUGCGAGGGAGCUUGUCGCCCGGGGAGGUUGUCACCGUGGAGCCUGGUGUUUACUUUUGCAAAUUCAUUAUCGACCCGUACCUCAACUCACCUGAUCUGAGCAAAUAUAUUGACGCCGGUGUGCUUGAUAAAUACUGGAAAGUUGGUGGCGUCCGCAUCGAGGACAACGUCGUGGUCACGCAGGAUGGCUUCCAUAAUCUUACCACUGUGCCGAAGGAUGCAGAUGAGGUGGAGAGGAUUGUUCAGGAAAGCUAA